AUGGCAACUGCGCAGCAAUUGCCUGCGGGCCGGACUCGGUUAGCAGAUGAUGCCGCGACGGCUGCCCUGUAUGUUACUCAUCCUCAACGUAGGGCGUCGGUGCACACCCCGACCGCAACCAACACCCAAUAUUUCAAUCCACGCUCGGCCGUGACCCCAAACCUCAGCCACGCCUCCGCUGCCUCGGCUCUAGCGCACGCAAAUCGCAAACCUGUCGAAGUAUGGCGGCCACCGACAAGACUGCCUGCCGCAGAGAAGGCUGCAUUUUGCGUAAAGGAUUUUUCUCCGCCCCAGCAACCCCAGCCAUCCACACAGUACAGUGCACAUGGUCUGGGAGCUGCGGUGCUCGCUGUUCGGGAACAGAGGGCGUCGAUUAGCCAGGCUUCUGUUUCUAGUGUUCACCGACGAGGUAGCUCUACUGAUCGCUACCACCAUACUGCUGUUGGCGGCAAUCCGCAGGAAAAGGCUCUUCAGGCCGCGACGGGUGCUUACACCCUCUCACGAAAGAGAGCUGACUCGGCACCCAGUGAUCCUGGAGUUCCCUCCGGCCCACCACAUGCCCGCUUAGCAACUGGUACAUCGCGGCCUUCUCGCGUGGAAGAAGAGGAUCAUCUCGGCCAUUUGAACCCUGCCAUGGAAGCAAGCCGAAUCCAACAUAUUGCUAACGCUAAUGCAAAGCUGUAUACUUCAUCGCCGCCUGUCCAAAGCGAAAUUGAGGCACGAAACUACAAGAAUUCGCUGCGCGCUGCAGCGAUUUCUAUGGCAAAUGACAUGUAUAAAGCCAAUGAGACCAAGCGACGCCCCAGUGAAACAGAUCCCGCUAUCGCCGCUGCCCAAAAAGGUCAAAGUCAACUGGGCUACCGCAAGACGGUUUCAGCCGCAGAUGGGUCUGCCGUCCGGCGUGCGAUCGCACUGCAAGAUGCAGCGCACAAGCGAGCCGCUGAGAAGCUUGCCCGUAUGCAAGACGAGAACGCUGAUUACCGAGAAUACUAUGGUACUCCACUUGAGCCGCAACGAUCGCGCUUGACCAGCCGCCGCAAGCGAACAUCGAGUGAUGCGGAUGUCUCUCAGAUGGAUGCAGAGCAGUCGCGCCAGAUUCGGAGCCAGAUGACCACUCUCAGAACCAAACUGGACCGAGUGGAUGUGAAAAGAACGCAGGAUCGGGAAAUGCUUAUGCAGGCUGCCCGUCGCAAUGUGAAUCAGACUAUCCAGGAUAUGGAAGCGCGAGUUUACGCAGACACCGGCCGCGCUCCACCCUCUUUGCAGAGAGAAUGGGAUGAAGUUGCCCAGGAGCGAGUGCGACAAGAGGCAGAGACCUUCGAACUAACUACCGCGCAAAGCGGCCGAGUGAACAUUGGUGGCCAACAGUUCAUGGACAUGGCUGACAUCGAAGCUGUCGCUCGGGCUCGACUACAACCUGCUCUCGACGAGAUCACUGAGGAUGCUGAAACACGAAGGGCCCAGGAACUUGAGGCUCGUUUGGAUGCGGAGGAAAAACAGAGAUAUGCUGCUGUGGAGCGUCAGCGUGAAGCUGAGGUGAAGGCUUUGGAAAAACAGGAAAAAGGUACAAGCAAGCGUGACAACAAGUCCGAGUCAAAGAUCCCAAAAUUCUUCCUGUGGAGGAAGAAGGGCAAACGAGCUCGUGUCGAGGAAUCUGAGACCGAGGGAGCGCAAGCCGUCUCACCGGUCCCUCAAGAGGCUGUAGAAGAGCAGGCUCCAGCUACGACCUCGGAGACUGAUGUAUCGAGGGAGAGUAUUCCCGAGGUAGCCUCUGUUGAGACAGACACGGCCGAUGCCGCAACUCCAGUUGCAAUUACUCCAGUUGCAACUGUCCCCUCCGUCCAAGAACCUGAAACUUCAAUUGCCACCGUCUCCUCCGCCCCAGAGACUGAAACUCCAGCGCUUGUCGAGGAAGGAGAACCGGAGGCAAUUCCCCGUCGGCCGGUACGAAGCCAGACCGACCCCCUCGCGUUCGAGCAGCAAGAUGCAGCUGCAACCCCAGGCCCAGCAAUCGUGCACUACUUCACGCCGCCAACCACCAGCCCCCGCGCGGAUUCUAAGCUUAAGAACUGGUUCCGCGACCGUCUUGUCCGCCGAUCAAGCGGUCCUAUGGCUGUCUACCCCCACCAACCAGGUCCAGACUUGAAUUCCGAUAGCGAACCUGCUUUCCAAGGCGGCGCUGCACUCACCGGCCGCGACGAGUCUCGGGGUGCCGCACUGAGGUCGCACCCCCUAGGCAUGACCGAUACCAUCCCGACGCACAACAGGUCUUCGAGCUACUACAACAAUGAUCUCGAUGUGACCAAAAUUAAUAGCGUGGAAUCCUCCCCGGAAUUCUCGAAGCCAAAUGGCAACGGGAGGAAGAGGGACCGCCUCCGCAAGUCCUUCCUCAAGACUAUCUCUGGUAGCUCGGAUGAGCCAGCGUCGAAUGGUGCCUCCCGCCGUGCAUCAGAGAUCCCGGCUCAAUCUAAGGAAUUCGGCGCCGCUGACAUCCAGAGUUUGCGGGAUAGUGCAAUCGAGCAGGGUCUUCCUGUGCCACCUCCCCUUGGCGACGCGAUGAGCGCGAAACGAGAGUCGAGAUUCUCCGAGGAUCUGUGA